GCCGCGGGAAGCAGGCGAGGCAAAGCGCCCGACCGGCGGCGGGAGAAACCCCCGUGCCCGUUAAUCCCGCGGGACCGGCGCCCAGCAUCCCGGGCCGGCACCCGGCUCCCGGAGGAUGCUCGGCCCCGCCGGGCGCAGCAGCUCGUGCCGCAGCCCCUGGGCCCGCGCGGGAGGUGCUUGGGGCCGCCCGGACGGCUGCUGCCAGGCCGUGGCUUUGCUUUGCCCACCUCCCCGGCCCUGAGGGCUCGAGCCGAGCCGUGUGCCCGGACCAUGGGGGCAUCGGGGCCCGCGGGCGGCAUCGUGGCGUCCCUCCUCUGCUGCUGCCUCCUCGGCUCCGUCUGGGCUCUGGUUGACCCCGACGACGUCCUCACGAAAGAAGAGCAGAUUUAUCUUCUGGUGGAAGCGAAGGAGAAAUGCCAGAAAGACAUUAAAGCCCAGCUGGAGAAAGUCAAAGAUACCAGCUGCCUUCCGGAGUGGGACGGGAUCAUCUGCUGGCCUAAGGGCUCCCCCAGCCAGGAGGUGUCCGUGCCCUGCCCCGACUACAUCUACGACUUCAACCACAAAGGUCAUGCCUACAGGUACUGCAGCGCCUACGGGACCUGGGAGAUGGCCCUCAGCCUCAACAAGACCUGGGCCAACUAUACCGAAUGCGCCAUGCUCUUCUCCUCCGAGAGCCAGAGCCGUGAGAAGGAGGUGUUUGACCGCCUGCACCUGAUGUACACCAUCGGCUACUCCAUCUCCCUGGCCUCCCUCCUCGUCGCCGUGUGCAUCCUCUCGUACUUCAAGCGCCUGCACUGCACACGCAACUACAUCCACGUCCACCUCUUUGCCUCCUUCAUCUGCCGGGCGGCGAGCAUCUUCGUGAAGGACAUGGUGCUCUACUCGGGGUCGCUGGCCGGCGAGCCGGAGAGGAUGCGGGAGGACGAUUUCAAAGCCGAGAUGGUCCCCGCGCCGGGACAACGGAGCCACCUGGUCGGCUGCAAGGUGGCGGUGACUCUCUUCCUCUAUUUUCUGGCCACCAACCACUACUGGAUCCUGGUGGAAGGGCUCUACCUGCACAGCCUGAUCUUCAUGGCCUUUCUCUCUAAUGACAACUACCUGUGGGUCCUCAUCAUCAUCGGCUGGGGUCUCCCCGCCGUGUUCGUGUCUGUCUGGGCCAGCGUCAGGGCCUCCCUGGCGGAUACACAAUGCUGGGACCUCAGCGCUGGGAACAUGAAGUGGAUUUACCAGGUCCCCAUCCUGGCCGCCAUCGUGGUCAACUUCUUCCUCUUCCUCAACAUCGUGCGGGUGCUGGCCUCCAAGCUCUGGGAGACGAACGCGGGGAAGCUGGACCCCCGGCAGCAGUACCGGAAGCUGCUGAAGUCCACGCUGGUGCUGAUGCCGCUUUUCGGAGUGCAUUACGUGGUGUUCAUGGCGAUGCCCUACACUGAGGUCUCCGGGGUCCUGUGGCAAAUUCAGAUGCAUUACGAGAUGCUCUUUAAUUCCUUCCAGGGUUUCUUUGUGGCUUUUAUCUACUGCUUCUGCAACGGGGAGGUGCAGGCGGAGAUCAAGAAGGCCCAUUUCCGACGAAGCCUGGCGCUGGACUUCAAGCAGAAGGCGCGUGCCACCAGCACGGCGGGGAGCUGUUACUGCGGCGGGCUGGUCUCCCACGCCACCGCCAGCGUCAGCACCAGCCUCGCGGGACGGGGGGCUGCCGGCACGCAGCAGCGUGGGCUGCCGCUCGCGGCCCGCGCCGGCCUGCCGGGCUACGCACCCGGCUCCUUCGCCUCCGACCACUUUUUGCCCUGUCCGCCCCGGGAGAUGAGCCAGAAAGGCUGCGGGGAAAACACAGUGGACUUAACAGGUCUGGAUCGGGGUCACCCCGGCCUGAACAAGGAGCUGGAGACGAUGCUGUGAGGCCAUCAGCGUGUCUCCCAUCAGGACACCCAGCUGUGCCUGGAAGAUGCUCUUCCUCCCAUUUUGGGCUCCUUUUACGCUUGCGUGGAGAGCAGGGGAAGGGGGCAGCAGCUGAAACGACGCAGUUCCCUUGGCCUCCCGGCCCCCCGUCGUGCUCAGCACGCCAGCGUGCAAAGGGACCACGCGCUCCCGCUCCUCCUCCUACCUUCCUGGCCCAGAAAAGAGCAGCCAGUCCAAAACCUCCUCCCCUUCCCCGCGCAGGUGGUUGGUGUAAGCGAUGUCUGUGCAUGCGACGCCCUGGAUCGUCCCCAGGGAACAAGCCCCCGGGCUCCGUUUGCGGUACCUUGACAGUCGGGCAGCUAAUUUCAGCUGCAGCGCACGUGGAGGUGAUUCAGCCAUCCCCAGCCCUCAAAUCCGACUUGUUUAGCACCAAUUCCUGCCUCGCGCAGCCCGGGGCAGCAGAACGACCUGACCCGCAGAGCUGUGCUGCGGCUCGCCCUGCCCUCGCUUGCAUCCUUGCGCGGUUCA